AUAGUUAGAGGGGAAGGCGCAAACGCAAAGCCGUUAAUCAUUGUGGAAUUGGCGGUUCAUUCCCUCCAACCUGGCAACCAACAAAUACCCGAAUCUGUAUGUCCACCUUCAUUGCUCAAGUCAAAAUCUAUAUAAACCCCUUUCGCUUUCUCUUCCCCAAUUUCUCCAUUAAACCCUAACUCCCUCAAGUUGAACGGGAAAUUGAUCGACUCAAUUUUAUGAAAUAACUCUACCAGUUCUGCAACCCGAUCUUUCGUCUACUUGAUCGAUCGGGUUUUACUGUUUUCUUUAGUUUGAUCGAAGUUUAGGAAGAUGUCGAAAUUGUAUGGAGAGGAUUUUAAUCAGAAGAUAGAUUAUGUGUUCAAGGUGGUGUUGAUUGGAGACUCUGCAGUUGGAAAAUCCCAGUUAUUGGCACGGUUUUCGAGGAACGAGUUUAGUCUUGAUUCUAAGGCGACUAUCGGUGUUGAGUUCCAGACGAGGACGUUAGAGAUUGAUCAUAAGACUGUUAAGGCUCAGAUUUGGGACACUGCUGGUCAGGAGAGAUAUAGGGCAGUGACAAGUGCGUACUACCGAGGUGCUGUUGGAGCAAUGCUGGUCUAUGACAUCACCAAACGUCAAUCUUUUGAUCACGUCGCCAGGUGGUUGGAGGAACUACGGGGCCAUGCUGAUAAGAACAUUGUCAUCAUGCUUGUAGGCAACAAGACGGACUUGGGUACUCUUCGUGCUGUACCAACUGAGGAUGCGAAAGAGUUUGCUGAGAAGGAGAACCUGUUCUUUAUUGAAACAUCAGCCCUAGAAGCAACAAAUGUGGAAACAGCUUUUGUUAAUGUCUUGACAGAGAUAUAUAGGGUUGUCAGCAAGAAAUCCCUUGUCGCCAACGAGGCAGAAUCCGCCGCUGGGAGUUCAGCUCUCCUCAGGGGAAAGGAAAUUGUUGUUCCUGGCCAAGGACCUGUACCCACUGGGAGCUCAUACAGAUGUUGCAGUUCAUCAUAGGAGUAAAAGUGGUUUUCAAAGUUGUAUAUGUUUUACCUGUUUCAGAUUUCAAUUCUGAUGCUGCAUUGGUGGUCAAUUCAUCCAUUUUCCUGUGUCUAAUUCACAACUUUUGUCAUUAGUGUAAAAAGAAUUACUGUUGGAAACCACAAAAAUCUUCAUCUUAUGCUAAA